UAUAAACAGCUCAAGAAGAACUAAAGAAAAUAUCCUGUGUUGAUACUUAUCUAAAAGUCAGAAUGACGUGAAUAUUUCAUAAAAAGGAUAACGAAUAAAUAUGAGGAGGUCGUCUGCCCCAAGUCAAGGACCUCAGGCCAAGAGACCUAGAUUUAAUGUUCCUUUUAAAAGCUCUUGUCAAAUACAAAACACGGUAGAAAAGCCACCAGCAGCAUCAGAAUUACAAAACAGGGACAGGGUUUUGACAUCAAGAAUCAGUGAGAACACAAUUUCUUCUAAUGAAAGACUUCAAAACAAUGAGAAAGUUCAGUCGGUAUAUAAGACAAACACUGCCUCUCCCGCUGUUCAGACAACAUCAGAGAAUGCUCCCAUUCCUUGUAGAUACUUUGCAGUCAUGUGGUGUAAACUUUCAAAGAAAAAGCAUAAAAAGUGGGAAGGUGAUGCUGUAUUAGUAACCCAGGGAAGAAGUGUCACAUUGUACGACAUUGAAGGCAAAGUGAUAGGCAAAGCAACAGGGUACAAAUGUGCUGAAUUAGAGGCACUAAAAGAGGAUGAAACUCUUAUGAUAGGUGGCAAGGAAAUUCAGGUGAUGUCAGUAAUGACAGAAGAGCAGUUUAAAUCUGGAAAGUGUUUCUCCUCUUUGACAGAAGCUUCUCAGGUCCCCAGCAUGCCGGAUAGACCAGGAGUCUCAGCUGUAGAGAAGACAUUUGUCAAUCCACUGAAGGGAGGGAAGCCAACAACAACUGUUUCAUUCUCCACCACCCCUCGACAUGACCCAACAGCACCCAAAGCUCUUGUCUUGCCAAGACCCAGUGCAUCUCACCAGUGGCAGUACAACAAGAAGAACUUUCCCGUUGUGGAUGUUGUCGUGGAUCCUUAUCUCUCUGUCCACCUUAGACCUCACCAAAGAGAGGGAGUCACUUUCCUGUACGACUGUGUGAUGGGCUUUAGAAACAUUUCAGGAAAGGGUGCUAUCUUGGCUGAUGAUAUGGGGCUGGGAAAAACACUGCAAUGUAUUUCUUUGUUGUCAAAGAGAAGUAACCUGGAAUUUUCAACUUGUAACUGGUUUCAAGAGAUAAAGAAAUGGUUAGGCACAGAGAGGUUAAAAGCAUUUGCUGUUAGUUCAGACAAUAAGAUUGAAGAGUUUAUGAAUACUUCCAUAUAUCCCAUUGUGAUAAUUUCCUAUGAAAUGUUUGUACGAGUUUAUGAGAAACUACAGUCCUUGCAGUUUGACAUCAUUGUCUGUGACGAAGGUCAUAGACUGAAAAACAGCAAUAUCAAAACAACAUCUUUAAUUGCAAGUUUGCCAACACAAAGAAGAGUAGUUUUGUCGGGCACUCCAAUUCAAAAUGAUCUACAAGAAUUUUACUCUAUUGUGGAAUUCUGUAAUCCAGGAUUGUUGGGUACCUCUGCAUCUUUCAAAAGAGUGUUUGAGACCCCCAUUGUGGCCUCCCGGCAGCCAGGUGCCUCCCCGGAGGAGCUGGAAUUGGGGGCUGAGAGGGGCAGCGAACUCAGUCAUAUAACUAAACUGUUUGUCCUUAGACGCACCCAGGAAAUCAACACAAAAUACCUUCCUCCAAAAUGUGAGAUAGUUCUUUUCUGCAAGCCCACUGACCUGCAGCUGAGGUUGUACUGCCAGAUGCUGCAGGGGAAGUUGUUUCGAUCCUGCCUCGGGAGUGACGGAGCCACACAUCUCAUCUGUAUUGGGGCUCUAAAGAAGCUCUGUAAUCACCCUAGUCUGAUCUUCACCAAAGCCUGCCAAGCUGAUGAAUGCCCAGAGGACCUAGAGGAGGGAUCAGUUUACAGUGGACUGUCCUCUCUCUUUCCUCCUGGCUACCAAGAAGAUGAUUGUUCAGCAGAACAUGCAGGGAAACUUAAAGUUUUGUCUGAAAUUCUGAAGCAAGUACACAUGAACUCAGAAAAGAUAGUGGUAGUCUCCAAUCACACCAAGACAUUAGACAUCCUUCAAAACUUUUGUGGCAAAUGUGGAUAUGGUUUUUUACGACUGGAUGGUCAAACACCCACAAACAUUCGACAGGAAAUUGUCACCAAGUUCAACAGCAAGCAUUGUACUGAAAAGGUAUUUCUAUUAAGUUCCAAAGCUGGAGGAGUUGGUCUGAACCUUAUAGGAGCAUCACGUCUCCUUUUGUAUGACAUUGAUUGGAACCCUGCUAAUGAUCUGCAGGCAAUGGCAAGAGUGUGGAGAGAUGGACAGAAAAGACAGAUUUACAUCUACAGACUUCUUACAACUGGGACAAUAGAAGAAAAGAUUUAUCAACGUCAGAUCAGUAAGCAGGGUCUUAGUGGAGCUGUCAUGGAUCUCAAAAACAAGAGGGAGGCUCAGUUCUCCCUACAGGAACUUAGAGAUUUGUUUUCUUUAAAUGAAAACACUCUAAGUGACACCCAUGACCUUCUGAGAUGUGAAUGUGGAGGACAAAAAGAAACAACUGCUGAAUCUGUCCCUGUGCAAAGCUCCAGAUCGUGUCAGCUAGGGGUUCCUCCUGUACUGAAAAACAAGACACUGGGUAUGGAAGAACUAAUGGAUUGGAAACAUAUAUCUGGGGAUGUGCUUAAGAAAAAUACAGACUGGUUACUUGGAGAUGCACCCUCCUCCGUUUCCUUCAGUUUCUGGCAUAAAAUCAACUCUGAUAAAUCUACAAUGUGACUGAAUUGAUCUCACAUGCAAAAGGACAAUUAAGAACUAAUACACAUAAACACUUCAUGUAUUAAGAUAUGUGUAAUUUUAAUUCACAGUUUAAUUAAAGCGUAAAACAAAUUAAUAUUGUGAUGAUUUUUAUUGAUAAUGUUGGUCAAUGUCAUAAGGAUUUGAGUGUAUUGGAUGAUUUGAAAAUACAAGUACAUGUAAAACAUUGUAC